UCGAAAGUAUUGGACGAGUGCUGAUUGUUCGAAUAUAUGUCGUGUGGGCAAGUGUCGAAUUUCUCGCGUUCACAGAAGGUUUCUUUGUUGCCGUCAAUCGGGACUGCCAUCAGUCAACAAUUGUGCCUCGCACCGAUCGCAUCCGCAGAGCCCAUAGACCCUACAUCUAUCUAUUCUAUAAUUGUAUACACGCUGAGCUCAGUCGUAAAACUGCUGAAAUAAUGUCGGCAAAAGUGCCAAUUGUGGCCCUUACUCUGUGCCUACUGCACUCGGGCCUCGUCGAGGGCAUAUCACUAUCCCUCGGAGACAUAACCCUCUUCAACGUUAACUUCAAGACGCCGACCUUCUUGGGCAGAUCCGUGGCGGUGGACAGCAAUGUGCGGCUGGAGAACGAUGUGGAUCCCAAUAUUCAGGAGGAUUCACAUUUAAAUACGUAUAAUCUGAUAAAGAAGUACGGCUACCCGGCGGAGAAUCACACCUUGCAGACGGACGAUGGAUACAUCCUCACCCUGCACAGGAUCGCUAGACCGGGAGCAACUCCGGUGCUUCUGGUGCACGGACUACUGGAUAGCUCGGCCACCUGGGUGAUGAUGGGACCGAACAAGGGACUCGGUUACCUGCUCUACGAUCAGGGGUACGAUGUCUGGAUGGCCAAUGUCCGGGGCAAUACGUACUCGAGAAGGCACGUUAAGUACAGCACACACCAUGCCAAGUUCUGGGACUUUACAUUCCAUGAGAUGGGGAAGCACGAUAUACCCGCCACCAUAGACUACAUCCUCAAUGCCACGGAAGUCAGCCAACUGCACUACAUUGGCCACUCCCAGGGCACCGUGGUGUUCUGGAUCAUGGCCAGCGAGAAGCCCGAGUACAUGGACAAGAUCAUUCUGAUGCAGGGAUUGGCCCCAGUGGCGUUUCUAAAGCACUGCCGCAGUCCGGUGGUCAACUUCCUGGCCGAGUGGCACCUAUCGUUGGUGCUCAAGCUGAUUGGCGUGCACGAGUUUCUGCCCAAGAAUGAGUUCAUCAGCAUGUUCAACCGCAUCAUCUGCGACGAGACCACCAUUACGAAGGAGAUCUGUUCGAACGUCAUCUUCCUGACCACCGGCUUCGACAAGCUCCAGCUGAACGAGACCAUGCUGCCGGUGAUCGUGGGUCAUUCUCCGGCCGGAGCCUCCACCAAGCAGAUGCAGCACUUUGGGCAGCUCAACAGAUCCGGAGGAUUCCGGCAGUACGAUCACGGAUGGCUCCGGAACCACUGGAUCUACGGCACCAUCGAGCCGCCCUCCUACCACCUGGAGAAUGUCCGGGCCAAGGUGGCUCUGUAUUAUGGCCAAAACGAUUGGCUGGCCCCGCCGGAGGAUGUGGACAUGCUGUACCGCAAGCUGCCGAAUGUGGUGGAGAAAUAUCUGGUGGACGACAAGGAGUUCAACCACUUGGACUUCAUCUGGGGCAUCGAUGCGCGGGAACUUUUGUGGGACCGGAUGUUGGAAAUAAUGCGAAAUAAUGAGAAUUCAGUUAUUAAAGGGGUAUAGGAAUAUGGUUAUAAUUUAGCUAUUCACAGUAUAUUAUAUUUAGGCUAGUUAGGUAUUUAUUGUUGAUUACAAAUUAAGACGACUUUUAAAUGAUCAAAGCCAAUAAAAGCAAAUUAUAAUUAA